CUUCGAUACAUUCUUUAUCCCACUUUGUCCAAACUUGUGCAUAAGAAGCUAAGUGCCAAAAGCUUAAGCUGGUUGAAGAAAUUAGGGUUUAGGGUUCAAUGAAUUCAGAAGAAUUAGAGAGAGGAAUUGAAGAAAUUAUACUGAAAGAGAAGGAGCAUGGUGCACAUUCACAGAACGAAUUGCAGUUCACUUGCUUCACGGAACUCGUCAACGAGGCUAACCUUCAUUUUCAGAUCACUCGCUUUCCCAAACAGAUAUUUGUGUGGAUUGGUUAUAACUCUGCAAAAUUGGGAUCGGUUUAUGCAGCAGCUUCGACUCGUCCGAACAAUGUGGUUUCUGUAACUUCUAUACUUGGAGGGAAUUCUGAUAAUACAGGUUCUGGCAUUGCUCGUCGAUUAGUGUUAAAAACUGGUCUCAAUAUAAUCAUGGCUUGCAAUAUUCCAAAAAAUAGUCCCAUGGUUGAGAUAGAAGCUGAAAAAAUAUUGAUACAGAAACUAAUUAGUCUUGGAUAUACCAAGUCAAGAUUGGAAGGAACAUCUUUGUAGCAUGGCCUGAAGAGACUUUUUAUGCAUGCCAAACAUGCAUUAUCGUUUAUCCCAAUGUGGACACCUAUUGAAGACUUUUAGCGUUGUUUUUGUACACAACAGUUACAAACAGUUCCAAAUGUUUCAAGGUUCAUAGAAAAAAUAGAAAUUUUCUUGUAUGCUUGAUUUUUAUAAGUUCUGGCUUGCUUUUGGGAACCUUGUGCUGGUGAACAAGGCUAGACCAUAAAAUUAUGUUUUUUUUUAAA